UAAUAAUUUGAUUGUUAUUCGGAGCGAGAAAAGUAGUUUCCAUGGAUAUAGAGAGUCCAUUAUUUGCGUGUGGGCUGCGAUACUGCCCGAGUGCCCAGACCGAAGCAGGUGGUUAUCUUAGGGGGCCACACCCCGAGCCUUUGACCUAAAGGUCUAACCCACAAGGCAGUGGAGCAUCGUAAGGAGAUGCAGUCCCAUGGUAGCCGGUGAUCAACGAUUGGUUCAUACGCCAUUUGUUCCCGCAGAAUACUGGAGCCCAAUUGCACCAUUGGUUUGUGAUCCGGUUAAAGCGCCGGACAUUCGCUUUUCGUCUUCUCAUUUUCGUAAACAACACCCCAGCCACGAGAAGGUAGUGAGUAGGACUUCCCUGGCAGAGGCUGUAUAUGCGUGGCCGUGUGAGAGUAUUUCGACUGGGAGGACGAACCCACCCUGCUCUCGGCCAUACCAGGGCGUUUGGGGGCCAACAUCGAAACAGCACCCAUGGACCUCCAAAUCGAUGUCAGCACACCUACAAUUGAAGGGAUCAGCAUGGCCAUCAGACAAAUGAAGAGAGGGAAAGCAGCAGAACUAGACAACAUUCCAGCAGAGGCACUGAAAGCAGACCUAGUAGUAACUGUGAAGAUACUCCACAUUUUCUUCAGCAAGAUUUCGGAUGAAGAACAAGUAUCAACAGACUGGAAAGAAUGACACCUGAUCAAGAUACCAAAGAAAGGCGAUAUCAGCAAGCGUGAUAACUACAGGGGCAUCACUUUUCUCUCAAUACCAAGAAAAGUCUUCAACGGGGUAUUGUUUAACAAGAUGAAGGAAUCCGUAGACACCCGACUUCGAGACCAACAAGCUGGAUUCCGUAAAAAUCGGUCGUGUACAGAUCAAAUCGCAGCACUAUGGAUCAUUGUGGAACAAUCAAUUGAAUGGAAUUCAUCACUCUACAUCAAAUUCAUUGAGUACGAGGAAGCAUUUGAUAGCGUGGACAGGACAACACUAUGGAAGCUUCUUCGACACUACGGCGUGCCUCUGAAGAUGGUCAGUAUCAUACAGAAUCCCUAUGAUGGAUUAAACUGCAAAAUCGUGCAUGGAGGACAGUUGACAAAGUCGUUCGAAUUGAAGACCGGUGUUAGGCAAGGUUGCUUACUCUCACCCUUUCUCUUUCUCCUAGUCAUCGACUGGAUCAUGAAGACGUCAACAUCUGAAGGGAAGCAUGGGAUACAUUGGACAGCUAGGAUGAAGUUGGACGAUUUAGACUUCGCAGAUGCUCUGACUCUUCUAUCGCAAACGCAACAACAAAUGCAGGAGAAGACGAAUAAUGUGACAGCAGCCUCAACAGCAAUAGGUCUCAAUACACACAAAGGGAAAAGCAGGAUUCUCCGAUACAACACAGAAUGCACCAAUCCAAUCACAAUUGACGGAGAAGAUUUGGAAGAUGUAAAAACCUUUACUUAUUUGGGCAGCAUCAUUGAUGAACAGGGUGGAUCUGAUGCAGAUGUGAUGGUGCGGAUUGGCAAAGCAAGGUAAGCAUAUCUACAGUUAAAGAACAUCUAGAACUCAACCAACACCGAAGUCAGAAUUUUCAUUACAAAUGUCAAAACAGUUCCACUGUAUGGGACGGAAACUUAGAGAACUACGUAAGCCAUCAUUCAGGAGAUACAAGUUUUUAUUAACAGUUGUCUAUACAAAAUACUUCGGAUCAGUUGGCCAGACACUAUCAACAACAAUCUACUGUGGGAGAGAACAAACCAGAUCCCAACGGAGGAAGAGAUCAGGAAGAAGCGCUGGAAGUGGAUAGGAUACACAUUGAGGAGAGCACCCGAUUGGGUCACAAGGCAAGACCUCACUAAGAAUCCUGAAGGCCAAAGGAGUAGAGGAAGACCAAUGAACACAUUACGCUGAGAAAUGGAGACAGACAUGAGAAGGAACAACAAUUAGAUAGAACUAGAAAGGAAGGCCCAGGACAGAGUGGGUUGGAGAAUGCUGGUCGGCGUCCUAUUCUCCAUUUGAAGUAACAUGUGGCUAUUUUAAAUAUUACUGGGACAAAAAAGACUCACCAGAUAAAAAUAAUAUUGAAUCUGAUCCAUCAUUAAAAGGAGUGACUAAUGAUUGUAAUGAAUCUCAAGAACUAGUUAUUAGCAUAAAUAAGAGUGGAAUUUUAUCAACAAUGAAAGAGACAUUUCUUCCUGGAAUUUGUGUUUUAAUCACAUUGAUGAUUACUCUCUCACUAUUCCCAGCAGUUGUAGCACGUAUCAGACCUAUCACAGUUAUCCCUCAAGAUCUUUGGACAAAAGUUUAUUUUGUGCCAGUACUUGUGUAUCUUUUGUACAAUGUUGGUGAUUGGUGUGGAAGGAUGCUAGCCGGCUUUAUAAAAUGGCCUAGAAGAAAUCAAAUGCUAAUAGUCUUGUUAUUAUGUGUUCUACGUGCUGCUAUCAUCCCAUUAUGUAUGCUGUGUAAUGCACAACCUAGAUUUUAUUUACCAGUCAUAUUUAAACAUGAUAUUUUCCCAGCAUUCAUGAUUCUAUUUUUGGGACUAACUAAUGGUUAUUUAGUAUCGAUAUCCAUGAUACAUGGACCAAGUUUCGCAUCACCUGGUAACCAAGAAUCCGCUGGUGCAGCAUUAAGUAUAUACUUAUCUUUUGGAUUAUCACUUGGUGUUGCCAUAUCAGUUGGUUUAGUACAAGUUUUAUGAUUGUACGCGCGUUUGUCAGUGACUUGAUUUUAUCCAUGCAUUCGUCACAAAACAGUUAAAAAACAAACAACUGACCUUUUUUGGUCACAUAUUACAUAUAUUUUCAUUAUUAAUUGCUUUGCGAAAAACAAAAAUAAAGAACUACAGUGUCUGAAUUUACUACUUCUAUGAAUGUACAGAUGACAACAUUGAACACGUACUAUUCUCCACGGUUGUUGAAGGUGAUUCUGAUUUUGUAUGUUCACUGUCUUCCUUGGGAAAUGAUGGUUGUAAUUUUGAUCGGAAAAAAUCAAAUAUAUGAUGUAAUACAGUACUAGGAAUG